GCACCACCUGGUUUCUCUUCUCUCAUCCUCUUCCUGGUUUUAACCAAGCAUGAAAACAGUUUAGGAGCUUAUAUUUUUUGACGGGGAGGAUGAGCCAGAACCACGUGUCCGGCCUGGAGGCCUCGGCCGUGUCGGUGCUGAAGCGGGCGGUGGAGCUGGACCAGAGCGGCCGCCUGCAGGAGUCCCUGGUCUGCUACCAGGAGGGGAUCCAGCUGCUCAUGGACGCACUGAAAGCUAUUAAAGACGAGUCUAAGAGGGGCCACUACAGGGAGCGGAUCAGGGGAUACAUGGACCGAGCAGAGCAGCUCAAAGCCCUGGUGAACCAGAUGAAAGAAGACGGGAAGUACCACGAACAGAUAAAAGUACCCGAGGACGCCAUCGGCUACGGCUACGAGGCUCUGUUCAAGCCGUACAUCAGCAGCAGCCUCACCGAGGUCUGGGUGGAGGAUCCGUACAUACGGCACACUCACCAAUUGUACAACUUCCUGCGUUUCUGCGAGAUGCUGCUGAAAUCCUCCGGCAAGGUGAAGACGAUCCAUCUCCUCACGACGCAGGAUGAAGGCGACAGCCGCCAGCAGGGCGGCGCUCUGGCAGAGCUGACGGACAGCCUGGCUGCCGAGGGAGUCGCUCUGGACCUGCAGUUCUCCUCCACCAUCCACGACAGGGAGAUCCGGUUUGACAACGGUUGGAUCAUAAAAAUUGGAAGAGGGCUGGAUUACUUCAAGAGGCCGAAGGGCCGGUUCUCCAUCGGAUACUGCGACUACGACCUCCGGCCGUGCCUGGAAACCACCGUCGACAUCUUCCACACCAAACACACCAAAACUCUCUGAAGUUGUUCUAACUCCAGUGUUUUCAUUAACUUAUCUGCUCUUCAUGAUGGAUUUUAACCUUCACACGCCACAAGCAGACGCAAGCAGAGCAAGACGUUAUAACUGAAGGUUUAACUUUUCGCUGCACUGAUGUAUGUUGUAAACCUCUAAAUAGGGUUAAAGUUAUUUAUUAUUGGGGAUUUUAUAGGGUUAUUCCUUCUACGUUUUGUACUCGUGAAGUAGAAAUCUCUUUCUGUAAUGAUGGUUGUAUACAGAGAGAAUGCCGUCCAGUGGAAAAAGAAAAAGAUUAUUUUUAAAUCAUAUUAAAAAGUACUUUUAUACU